GAGAAGAUUGAGAUUUGGAAGUGUGAGUGGGGGAGAGAGAGAGACAAGGACAGAGACGUAAUCCUAGUGUAUAAAAGGAGGGAGCCAAAGGGUGGUUCUUUUGUUCUCAUCGUUUUCGAAGAAGAAAGACUCCGCGAAAGAAGAAGAGAUUCCCUAACGAGAUUCGGCAGAAAUUCGACUGAAUGGCUAGAAGCAAUGUUUUUUCCCGGCGACAGAGGCCGGAAAAGUUCGAAGACUUGGAUCCUUCUCUAGAGGUGGUUGAAGAUUUGGAUCCCUCGCCUUCGAUGGUGGAGUCUGAAGGGCUACACGUUCUUGCAGUUGAUGAUAGCCUCGUUGAUCGUAAAGUCAUCGAACGCUUGCUCAAGAUCUCUUCUUGUAAAGUUACCGCGGUGGAUAGCGGAAGGAGAGCUCUGCAAUUUUUAGGUUUGGAUGGGGAGAACUCUGUUGGAUUAGAUGGGUUGAAGGUGAAUAUGGUUAUCACCGAUUAUUGUAUGCCUGGGAUGACCGGAUAUGAGCUGCUCAAGAAAAUAAAGGAAUCCUCGACCUUCAGAGAGGUACCUGUGGUGAUCAUGUCGUCUGAAAACGUAUUGGCUCGGAUUGACAGAUGUUUAGAAGAAGGGGCAGAGGAAUUUAUAGUGAAGCCAGUAAAGUUGUCGGACGUGAAGCGUCUGAAGCAUAAUUUAACGAGAGAGGAGGGUCAGGAAAAUGAACCCAGAUGGUCCUACAAGAGGAAAUUGCAAGAUGGACCUUCAUCCCUACCAUCAUCGCCCCUGUCGUCAUCACCCUCUUCAUCGUCCACGUCCACCUUCACCUUGUCAUCUCCAUCGUCGCCGGAGUCACCAUCAAGACGAGCUAAAGUAGCCAGCAGCGAAUAACUCUUCCCAUUCUUUUUCUUUUUAUUGUAGGUUUUUUAGAUAAUUUCUAGCCAUGUGUACCAUUGAUUUUGGGUUAAUUACAUACAGUUCACACUAUUAA